GAAAGACGGUGUUUCUUCAAUAUGGAACUUACGAUGGAGAACAUCGGCAACAUGCAUGGCGUCUCGCACUCGCAAGCGGGAGAACUGAUGAACACGUCGCACGGGAGACCAUCAUCAUCAGCGUCCCACCGGAACCUAGUGUCGCACGGUCGCUCGGCAAUGGUCUCCAGCAUGGCUUCUAUACUGGAGGGCACCGCCGGCGAGUACCGGCCUGACCCAGGUUUAUCGGGCCACCUUCACCCAGCGAUGAGCAUGUGUGAGUCGGGCAUGAGUCUGUCCAACACAUACACAACGCUCACUCCGCUCCAGCACCUUCCCCCGAUCUCGACUGUGUCAGACAAGUUUCACCACCCGCACCCGCACGCGCACCACCACGCCGCGCAUCAGCGCCUCGCCACGGGCAACGUGAGCGGAAGCUUCACGCUUAUGCGAGAUGACCGCGGGCUGGCCUCCGUCGGCAACUUGUACGGACACUAUCCGAAAGACAUGUCCGCCAUGGCGCCGCCCUUGUCGCCGCUGUCUAACGGACUUGGCUCUCUGCACAACUCCCAGCAGGCUCUGUCCGCAUACGGGCCGAGCGCGCAUCUCGCCAACGACAAGAUGCUCUCCGGCGGCUUCGACUCUCAUGCGGCGAUGCUCUCACGCAGCGAGGAGCACAUAGCCCGCAGCCUGGGGGGGCACGGGCACGGGAUGAUCUCCAAUCUGAACGGCAUGCACCCACACGGACACUUGCACUCGCAGGCAAACGGAUCCAUGUUGGCAGAGCGCGAGAGGCACGCGGCCGCGGGUGGGCAUGGCGUCGGCGGGAGCGGUGGUGGCUCGGGCCAGGUAGAGGAGAUCAACACGAAGGAAGUGGCACAGCGCAUCACGGCCGAGCUGAAGCGCUACAGCAUCCCGCAGGCCAUUUUCGCGCAAAGGAUCUUGUGCCGCUCGCAGGGCACUCUGUCGGACCUGCUGCGCAACCCGAAGCCCUGGAGUAAGUUGAAGUCUGGUCGCGAGACCUUCCGGAGGAUGUGGAAGUGGUUACAAGAGCCCGAGUUUCAGAGGAUGUCCGCGCUCAGGUUGGCCGCCUGCAAAAGGAAGGAGCAGGAGCAGCACAAAGACCGCAACCUGGCGCCCAAGAAGCAGCGGCUGGUCUUCACCGACCUGCAGCGGCGCACGCUCAUCGCCAUCUUCAAGGAGAACAAGCGGCCCAGCAAAGAGAUGCAGAUCACCAUUUCGCAACAGCUCGGACUGGAGCUCUCAACCGUGAGCAACUUCUUCAUGAACGCCCGCCGUCGCUGCGUGGACCGCUGGCACGAAGAACCCAGCACCAGCCCUGGGCAGCCUGGCACCUCAGCCACCACCUUCUCCAAGGCUUGAACGUCCAUCCAAAACACAUAUGCUGAAACUUGCUCGGCUGGGCAUGGCUGAUACUGAAUGCCCUGGUUGUUCGUUACCAAGACGCCCCUGACUGAUGAUAGGAGUGUCGGCGGGCGACGUCUUUUAGCCUGUUUUUAUUUUUAGAUUUUGAGAAUUCACUUUAGGAUGCAAUGAAUGGAAGUUUGGGUUUUCAACGACAUUUCUCGCCAUGUCAUUUGCCUAAGAAGGCCUAAGGCCUAGUCUGAGGGGAGGCUUGAUAUUUAAGCCUUAAGCCUUCAGUUCUCUUUGCCCUUCAUUAAUUUUUUUCUUAGAGUUGCAACUGG